AGUUACACAUUGGUAUAUAAUAUUAUUAAAAUUCACCACACUUGUAGUAGCUUCAGUAUUUCUAUUAGCAAUACAAACAGCAGUGAAUAUCAUACAUGUCACAAUACAAAUGAGCUAAUCUGCAAAAUGAUCACCUCAGACACCUGUGUGGAUAACACAGUGUGUGUGCGUGUGUGUGUGUUUUUUUUUCUACGGAAGAUGGCGCUCUUUCCUCUUUGCAUUGGUGUACAACAGUUGGCACGUAGAAGAAGAAAAAGAUGGCGUGGAGGACGAGGAAGUACCGGUAACCAGCCAUGAGUCAGACAGCUAAGCCGGUUAGGUAGGAACUUUGAGUUGAAAUUAUUCCAAACCAAGAGCAGUCGUCAGUUGUUUUAAACUCAUGGCCGAGUUCGGUGAGAACAGCGGCCGCCAAGCUGAAGAACAUGACGGGACAAACAGCAGAAAUGUACCGGAGCCUCUGUGCGGGACAGGUGACUCUUCGGUGACGGUCCCUCGGGGGCCGUGGUCCUCAAACCAUGAGCAGGGGAAAAAGGUGGUCCUGCAUGUCGACCUCAACAACACGAUACUGGUGUCGGACGCCGUGACGGGUCAGGGGACUGUGGCAGCUCUGGACUAUUUCCUCACAACUGUCACCUGGGGGAAGAUGAACAAACACGGAACGUGGGAAUGGUUGAGUGACUCGCCCUCCCUGCUCCCACCCUGCAGUGACGCUGUUAGUUACUGCUCUCAGUUUGGACGGAUACCAGGUUUCACCUCCACUGCAGGGCGACGUUUCCGUGGGAUCCUGGAGGAGCAUCUGCAGCUACUGCGCUGGCCCGACGGCGUCAAGGGAGACAGAGAGCUGGCUGUCAAAGGUGAGGAUGGCCAGCUGUACCACUGGAUCCUGCCCUCCUUCUUCCAGCUGCUCAAAGACCUGGUGCAGGAAGGAAGGGAUUUUGCUAUCCUCUUUCGUACAUUUGGAAGUGACCUACCACGAGUGCUCAGAGCCAUGUUCAAAGCGGUGGAUGAAGGGGCUCAUCCACUGUUCCCUGAUCUGCCUGAUCUCAAGUUAAGUGUGAAUAUGACUGCAGGCAAGAUCCGCUGCAGCAAGAGGGGAAUCGUCCUGAGCCGAGCUGAAGACAGAGUGUCGACUCGGGAUGGAGAAAGAGGCCUUUACCAGUACCUGAGCUCAGUCCAGGGCCUGGGAGGCUUUCAGGACCAUUUCGACUGGUGGGCGUGUAAUACCUUCUCUAUUCGUGGCGGCAAGCCGCUGUGGGUCGACCCCUUUGACCAAAAUGUUCAGCACAUCUUCAUAGACGACAACAUUCGGCAGAAUGACGAGGAUACCAUAGUUCAACCCAAGGUGUUCUUGGACCCAGACGGUGCUGAGACCCGUACGGCCUGCACCUCUGAGCUCUAUGACAUCACACUGGUCCAGACCGACCUCCUCCGGGCCAUUUCCGACCCGAGCUACUUCACUCAGCGCGUCCACAUCUGCCUCGAAAACUAUGACAGAAAUCUCCAGCAGGGGGCAGGCUAAGACAUAGUUCAACCUCCCCCUCCCUGUAUGUCUGGUAGGACUCCAAUAACCCUGACACAGCAAUCCCUGUGGAGAAGCAGGGUGCAGAGGCAGAAAACUGUAGGUAGGGAUACAGACACAAAGUUACAUGAGUUUUUUAUUGAAGGACUUAGGGUCAUCAGACCACAAAUGGAAGAAGAUUGCAUAUGAAGGAGGGAAGGGUCAUAGAUACCAUAUAUCCAUAUAUCCUAAAAACUUUCCCGAAGGACAGACAACUUGAGAUUUCAACAUGUUGCAGCUAGACAACAGGUCAAGUACCACGCUUGCUUAACCGACUGCAGGACAUUUCUGUGAUUUCUGCUGUCCUGAAGUUGAACCUACACACAAAGAGUUGUUGACCUAAUUACGCAGCAAAGUUAACAGGCAAGACUCUUUGAUUGCUGGGAAGACUAAUCACACCAGAGGAUAAUUCCCCCAGCUCUCUGAAAUGUGUGUCAGACGGCAUUAAUUGGGGUCAGAUCUGGUGGAAAACCCUUCAAGUGUUGCGUUAGUUGCCGAGUGAGUAGAAUCCACCAGGAUUUUGCUCAGUUCUUUGAGUGUCAUCCUCAGGGUGUGACACAUUCAUGUAGCUUCUAUUUUACAUUGUUGAUCAUUUGUAUUUUAACCUCCAUUAUUUGCCGUCGUCUGCAUUGUUUACUUCACCAGGAACUGGCAGGUAAUACUUGAAUAUUUUCAGAUGACACGAUCUGAUUGCUGAGUGUGUCUGUGCUACUUAAGGGGCACACCUGAGAGUGCACUGUAAACACGUUACAAAGGCAUUAUAAUUAGAGAAGGACUUUAAAUACUUUCUAAUUUGACGGUAUUGCUAGUGAGAAUCACAUAGAACAGACUAUUACAUUUGUAACAAGACAAAUCAUCUCCUCACUAAUCCAUAUCUGAAUUUGUCAGGGUGGUUUGAUUAUACAAAAUAAUGUCUUCUUGGAGCACUGAGACAUAUCUUUAGUGUUGAACAUGGUUUUGGGAUGCGGUUGCACUGAAUUAUUUACUGGGGUUUUUAUUGUUUGAGAGCAGCUGUGUGUGAAACAGUUAAAAGGGCAGGUUACCCAAAAAUGAAAAUUCAGUCUUUUAUAUCCACCACCAUGGACCACCAUGUCCAUGGAAAGAUGGGUGAGGUUUCAUAGUUCACAAAACAUUUUUAAGAGCUUCACUGCAAACCGGUGCGGCAGUAUUCUCCUCAACAACUGAAGUAGCUUGUUUUAAAACAAUUUUAAAAAGAUAAUCAGAAAUAAUGGUUCCAUACAGCAUAUUCCCCUGAAGCCCAGAGAACCCAAAUUGAUUUCAAAAGAUGUUUUUUUGUACCCUUGAUAUGUAAUCUCACUCUUACACAAAGACAGGGUGCAUGCUAAUGCUUGUAGCUUAGCAGCUAUAGUAAAGAUUUUGAAUUAAACAGGGUGUAAAUAACAUCUUUUCAAAUCAAUUCAGGAUCUCAGGGCUGCCAAAGAAUUAGAUUAUGCCAAAUUAGCUCUUUGAAGCAUUUUUGGGACUAUGAAACUUCACUUGACUUUCCAUUAGCAUGGCGUUGAUUAGAUAAUGACUGAACUUCCAUUUUUGGAUAAACUUAUCCUUUAAUAAGUUGAAUGUGUUAUGGUAAUUUUUGCUUUGAGAGUUUUAGGAUAUAUUUAUUGUGAAGGUUUCUGGGAGGUUUAUUGGCUAUAUUUUCCUCAGGUCAGAUUUAGACAUAGCUGAAUGAGAACAAUAGAGCCUGAUGCUGGCCUCUAAGGGCUAUUAAUUUAUCAGCUGAUAUUCUUAUAAACACGAAGAUGCAUAUGUAAUGGAGGCAGGAUGUUUUGAACUUUAUUGUCCAAAAUGACAUCAGUGCAAUGAAACAGUGAAGUCGACUGUGACUUCACUAAUUCUAAAUUGCCCCAAGCAUCUUUUUCUGCAUUAUGUUCUGUAAAAAAGCUUUCAUUUUGGCAUAUACUGGACAACAUAUACACCAGUAAUUAUAUAUUUAUGAUGUUGGCCAAACCAUAUAUCUGUUAGGCUCUGGCAGAUAUUAAUCAAUAAUCUAAAGAAAAUGAAUGAAAUGCAGGUUUCUGAGGAUAGCUAAGAACAGUGGAGUGAUAUUAACAUUGUUCUAUUUGUUCAGUAUAUAUUGAGUGAAUAUUUUAAAAAAAUGCAAAGAUAAAGUUCAGACACAAAGCUUUGUUGGUUAAGAAAUUUCAGAGUGCAGAAGUUGGAAAAUGCUGGUCAUUAUUCACAUGCAUAGGCCAAUGAAAGCCUAACGCUGAUUUUUAAUCAUUGUUGCCUUCAAAAGUCCAAUUAUCGUUAUGAUAUAAUGCUGUCAAAAAGUUUGUAAUAAAAGAGUCUGCAGUGAUCAUUACCUUCAUAAUAUACAAGUAACAAUGUUACUUUAAUUUGACUUAUUGAAUGCUGCAUUCAUACAAGGCUAAAGGUUAAAUUACUUCACUCUAGCAGUCUACGUUUUCUGUUCUGCAACCACAAUUUGUGGUAAGACAAAAAUUUAGCUUUGCAGAUCUUGCACUCUGAAACACUCUGUGAAAAACUUUUGCUUAAAGUGACAGUUCCCUCCAAAUUCAAAAAUGCAUAUUUUUCCUCUUACCUGUGAUGCUCUUUAUCCAUCUAAACUGGUUGUUGUGAGCUCCUGAGUUUUGGAGAUGUUGGCUGUAGAAAUAUCUACACCUGCCAUCACCAUGCAUGAAGAGGCAUGUAUCUACUGAUGGAUGAGAGGCUAGCAGACUUUGCUCACUAACACUGCAGCUCAGCUUAAGAGGAUGCCGAUAAUGCUUGCAUCCUGUGCUUUGAGGAGCACAAGCCUCCCAUCUAUGCACAGUGACUCAGAAUCAAAAACAAUGGUUCCUCCAUAAAACUGCUCACAAUAAAGUCUGUGGAUUAUCUUGAGUAACCAGGUCAUGAUUACAGGAACGAGACAUUGCUGUUGAGUUUUUCAAAUAUGUUUUUGUGUAGCUUUGAGCACCAUUAGUUUAGUGCAAUCUAGUUCCGUUAUAAGAGAAAGCACACAUCUCUAUGACUGAUUUUGAUUUUAGGGUGAACUGUCCCUUUAAGCAAUUGUAUUGUACUGUAAUGUAACACUGUGGACCGAACUCACAUCUUUAUCACAAGGGUAUCUGAUACCGCCACAUGUCUGACUGCUCAUCACAUCAAAACUUGAAACAUUUUCCAUUAUUUAUUUUUCUGAUGUUAAAUAAUAGCCAUUUAGUUUUCAAUAAACCUGUUUUUUUUGUUAAA